CGUCAUCCCAAUGCCAAUAGGCUAUGUCGGCGCCGCUGUUGGGGGUUUUCCAUCGUGGACAGGCACAGAUUCCACUUGGGGACUGGUGAGAAUCAGGAGUUUUGCUGCUCCAGCUCCGUCGCUCGAGGCUUCGAUUCGCGAAUGUAGGCCCAGAAGGGAUUGGAGGAGCCAGGCGAGCCAGCGCGGUGGCUAUAGAUUUCGAAACAGCGAUGGGAAGUUUGAGUAUAUUUCCAAGGAGGAGUUCUACGAGUCCAGCGCAGCGGCGGAUGGUUCUUCCGGCGUUGUUCUUCGUCUUGUCUGGGGGAAAAAAUUGCUACGGCAGUUUUGGAAGAUCAUGACCUUUGCUGGACCCGCGCUUGGGAUCUGGCUUUUCAGUCCUUUGAUGAGCCUCAUUGACACUGCGGUGAUUGGAAAUUGUAGCACCCUCGAGCUAGCAGCGCUUGGGCCAGCAACAGUUCUUUGCGACCAUGUCUCGUAUUUGUUCAUGUUUUUAUCGGUGGCCACCUCCAAUCUUAUUGCAACUUCGCUGGCUCGCAAUGAUCUGGAAGAAGCAGCGCAGCAUUUGUCUCGGCUGCUUUUGAUAUCGUUGAGCCUCGGCAUCGGCAUGCUCGUUUUGAUGGAGUUCUACGCGACUCCACUUCUCCAAGGUUUCCUAAAGUCACAGAAUUCUUUCCUGGUAUCUCCUGCUGCGACAUACGUAAAGAUUAGAGCUUUGUCAUGGCCAGCAAUGCUUGUUGGAAUGGUUGCUCAAAGUGCUAUCCUUGGAAUGAAGGAUUCUUGGAGCCCUUUGAAGGUGCUAGCCAUUGCCGGUGCUAUUAAUGCCGUCGGAGACAUUCUUCUGUGCUCGUCUCUAGGAUUUGGAAUCGCCGGCGCGGCUUGGGCAACAUCUUUUGCUCAGUAUGUUGCAGUGGUUUUGAUGCUCAAGUCUUUAGUUCAUAAAGGAUACAACAUAUUUCUUGUCUGCCUCCCGUCAAGAAAAGAUUUGAAGCAGCUCCUGAAAAUAGUCGUUCCUGUUUUGACAACGACCGUUUUUGAGGUCGUGUUUUAUACUCUGUGUACAUAUCUUGCAUCGACGUUGGGGCCCCUAAAUCUUGCUGCGCACCAGGUGAUGAUAGGAAUCCAGAACUUGUGCUACGUAUGGGGAGAACCUUUAGCUCAGACAGCGCAGACAUUCAUGCCUGCGUUACUUGAUGGAUCCUCUCGCGACUUGAAUCAGGCCCGUGUUCUUCUCCAAAUCCUUCUCAUUAUUGGUGCAACAGUGGGGCUUGUUGCUGGGUUUUCCGCGAUCUCAAUCCCGUGGCUUGUUCCGCAAGUCUUCACAAAGGACGUGGUGAUAAUUGAGAAAAUGCGUAGAAUAAGUCUGCCGGUGCUGUGCACGCUGGUCGUGACUCCACCCAUGCUUGCACUGGAAGGCACUUUACUGGCAGGACGAGAUCUCAAAUUCCUAGGCUUCGCAAUGGUCUGCUGCUACUCUGGCGGAAUAAUGGUCACCCUGGCAUUCUACCGAGCUGGAUUUGGGCUCCCCGGCUUCUGGUGGACGUUGUUCUUGAUCGAACUGAGCCGGACAUCGGUGGCACUGAUUCGAUUGACUUCGUCGCAGAGCUUUCUCGCUGACAAGCGACGUCCAAGCGGCCGAGAAAAGCUCGAGAGGGGCUGAGUGUGUUGCCUGGAGGAUGGGCUACGUAUAAAGCGCGUCAUGGGAUAUUCCGUGAAUAUUAUUGUCCGACAGAAUGUACCUCGUGCGGGCGGAAUAUCCUGCCGCAUUUUCCGUCCGUUAAGAGGUCCCUUAAAGAACACCCGUGAAGGGUGAAAAAGAAAUUUUCGGUGCU